AGCUCGAGAAACAUCAACAAGUCGCGCUGAGAAGAGAAAAAUUAUCCACAACCUAAGAAGGAUUACAGUCAUGGGGGGAAGGAGAGGGAGAAAGAAGUCCCAUCUCAAAAUGGCCAAGGACAAGAAGGAUAACAACCCGGCGGCGAGCGGUUCCUCCCCACUGCCGCCGCCGUGGAUCGAACUCCCCCGAGACGUGACGGCGAAUAUUCUGCGACGGCUCGCCCCGGUGGAGAUACUGGAAAAUGCUCGGGGAGUGUGCACCACCUGGCGGAGCGUGUGCCGCGAGCCCUCGCUGUGGCGCGUCAUCGAUCUGAAAACCUCCGACGACAACCCCAGAAGAUUAUUCGGUCCCGACGACACGUGCCGUCUCGCGGUGGACCUCAGCCAGGGGGAGCUGAUCGAGAUUAACAUCGAGCAUUUUGCCACCGACGAUUUGCUGCUCUACGUUUCCGUUGUAUCGAGCAAUCUCAAACGUCUCACACUCGUGCGUUGCGACUGCAUAUCGGGCCUAGGUCUGACCACAGCCCUUAAGAACUGUCCGGAACUAGAAGAGCUUCACCUCGUUUUCAUGCCAAAAAUCCGUGCUUUGGACAUCGAGUCAAUCGGCAUCUCUUGCCCCAAGUUGAAAUCCUUCACGUUCAACAACCGUGCAUUCAGGUUUCCUCUUGUCGAAACAGACGACAGUUACGCCAUGACAAUCGCGAAGAACAUGCCUAAUUUGCAGCACCUUCGACUUUUCGGCAAUCGGUUGACCAGUCAAGGUUUAGAAGCCAUUCUCGAUGGGUGCCCUCGUUUGGAGUCUCUCGACCUAAGGCAGUGCUUUAUGAUAAUGGUUGACUUUGAAGGAGCUCUCGGGAAAAAGUGUGGUAUAUGGACGAAUUUGGAGAUUAUAUUUGAGCUGUGGCUUUUGUGA